AUGUCUUCAGAUCCACACUCCCAAAUACAGCGACCACAGUUCCUUCGCAAAGGCAGCUCUACCUUCUCUGCAAAACAAAAGGUCGUCAACCUCUCGGAACUUGGUCUGCUGCCGAGAAAAGACGGUCAGCGACCUGUGAAUCGAAGAAAUAAUUCUUCCCAAGCAGUGACCCGCCCAACGUACACCCCCGCGCAAUCGCACAAUAAAACCCAGCCUGCACGGCCGCAAUAUAAUCGUCAGCAGUCUGCCAUCUCCACUCACUCUGCAUCAGGUCGCCCUUAUCCACCCGUCUAUCAUCCACCAGAGCCAAAAAAGCCAAAGAAUAGAAAAACCCUCCUCAACCGUAUUGCUGCUCAACAGACAGCCCGCGAGCCAAAUCCCGCAUACAGUAACGGUACCUCAACCUCGUUCAACUGGCGGUCGGGCCACCCCAUGGCGGGCAUGUUGGAGAUUGAGAGAUCACGAACCCGGCGAGAGAGAACGUUCAUCGGAAGUGAGUGCGCAGUCUGCGAGGAGCCUUUGGAACACACACUUCGAGGCGAAAGGAUAUUGCAGUUCUCUUGCGGACACGUUUCUCAUGAAGCUUGCUUUUACGAGUACAUCAAGGAGUUUGAGUCACAAUACUGUCCAACCUGCAACGCACCGCUCGGCCUGGACACUAGCAGAGGCGGGAAUGUACUUGACUUAGAGAAGCUGAGCAGUAUCGUUCGCUCUGUGUCACAAAAUAAUGAAGCGCGGGACAACCAUCAACGCAAUGGUAGCGGAAAUGGCAACAGCUCUCGGAUCAUCACCCCGGUACCCUGGGACCCUCAGACAGGACACGAGAGACCGAGCAGCCGCGGAUCAAACCAUCGCAAUACCCAGCGUGAAAGCUCACAGCCGCAAGAUCCGCGACAGAUGGAGCGGGAAAAGGAAAGACAGAAUAGGGACAUACAAAGGGAGAGGAUUGAAAGAUACGGGAGUCAAAAUCGGGCUCAACAGCAUAACAGAAAUGAAAGUGCGAACACUGGCGGUGUCAACCCUGCUGGCGAAUAUGGCGAUUCUCACAACAACAAUAACAAUACCGGCAGGAGGCACGAUUACGAUGUCCAAUCUAUGGAAACAGCACUCAGCAGCCCGCGAGCAAGCAUCACCAAGAAUCCAAUACCUGCGCCUACGGUGACGGUCAGGAGCGAGUAUCCUACGUUGACCCGGUCGAGGCAGCAACAGAGUCUAACAUGCUUGGUCACCAUUGAGGUUCCCGAAGGCAAAUGGAGGCCAGAUCCAGCGGAUCUCCGAGGUGCACCUGUUCUUCCCUCUAUGCAACAAGACAGCGCUACUUUCAGCAAUCGGCCUGCAUCCCCAGCCAAGAGCCAACAAGCAGACUGGGGAUCUGAAUCUCCCGAGGUCCUUGAGGAGAUCACCGAAGAUUUGCGUGUUCGCGUAGACAACUGGCACGGGCUGGACUUCUCAAGGUUUGGAAAGCUACGUCUCUAUGGCACAGUACGAGUUGGCAAGGACCGCCAGUCGUGGCAAGAGCUCGAAUGCUUUCUCUUUGCUGAAAUGCUUAUCUGCGUGAAAGAGAAGAAGGGUGCGCCGCCACAGUACGCGGAAGGGAAUUCGAAACGCAAGCUCACAAGAUGUACCCUCAAGGGAUCGAUCCUCAUCAAGAAGCACCUGAAGCAUGUGGAGUCGAGUCCCGACGAGCCAGUUCUAACCCUUAGUCUGUCAGUUCAAGACCUACAGCAGUUUCACCUUCAGUUCCAGACCCGGACUCAAGUCGAACAUUGGAAACGCUCGCUUCUCGAUCUGAACCACGACCACCCUAGGCAAAGCAACGAAUACGAGCCGGAAAACUCGGGCACCGACGACGAUGAUUACAGGACGAUGAAGACCAAGCGUGCGUCGUCAGUGAACUCCUCGUACGGUGGGCCAAAGUCGGUUAACACCGCACCAACAGAGUACACUACUUCGGGCAUGGGCAGACCAAUGCAGGACACGCGCAGGCCGGCGUCCAUACACGUGCCUCUUGACAUCGUUGUGGUCAUCCCCGUCUCAUCCUCUAUGCAGGGGCUCAAAAUCACGCUACUACGGGAUGCGCUCAAGUUCCUUGUCCAAAACCUUGGUGAAAGAGAUAGAAUGGGCUUGGUCACAUUUGGCUCGAGUGGAGGCGGUGUACCGCUUGUGGGUAUGACCACAAAGGCAUGGGGUGGCUGGACCAAAAUUCUCAACUCGAUCCGGCCUGUUGGGCAGAAAAGUCUACGGGCCGACGUUGUUGAAGGCGCGAAUGUCGCCAUGGACUUACUUAUGCAACGCAAAGCCAACAACCCCAUUGCAACCAUCUUACUCAUCAGCGACUCGUCCACGUCCGAUGCGGAGAGCGUGGAUUUUGUCGUAUCCAGAGCAGAGGCUGCAAAGGUCGCUAUCCACUCUUUUGGCCUUGGUUUGACCCACAAGCCGGAUACGAUGAUCGAGUUAUCCACACGUACCAAAGCAUCAUACACCUAUGUCAAAGAUUGGAUGAUGCUCCGGGAGUGCGUUGCCGGAUGCUUAGGGGCCCUGCAGACGACCUCUCAUCAAAACGUCAAACUGAAGUUGCGCUUGCCUGAAGGUUCCCCCGCAAAAUUCGUCAAAAUUUCGGGUGCUCUACAGAUCACCAAGCGCGCCACUGGAAAGGACGCUGAAGCCGCACUAGGAGAUUUGAGAUUCGGAGACAAGAGAGAUAUACUCGUUCAACUCGUCAUCGCGCCUGACAAUUCCUCUCAAGAGCACCUACCACAGGAUCCGUGGGAGAGUAUCGUGUCUGGCCUCGAAGCACUAGGCGGGCCAUUCGACAGUGAUGAGCAGAGGACCCUGAGUGUGGAGGAGGUUCCGCUCAUCCAAGCUGACUUGACAUAUGGAGAUAUCCUGCGCGAUGGCACUUUGACGCACCCAUCACGGCCGUCUUUACUUGCGAUUACGAUGCUGCCUGCGAAUCCUAGGGCGAAGAACACGGGUAGGCCUGCAACACCGCCAAUACCACCUCAUCCUAGUAUUGUGCAGCGCCGAAUGGAACUUUUGACCUCGGACAUGCUUAGCAGAGCAUUGACCCUAGUCACCCGAGGACAGCAUGACCGUGCUCAUCAUCUCUUGAAGGAGACCCGAACCAUUAUGAAAGGGCUAGGAAAAGGAGGUCUUCCGCCAAUUCCUCAAGCAGGAAACGCCAAACCUCCUAGUGCACCUCCCAGCGUGCAGGGUGACGGUGCGACAACACCUGAGCGACAAUCCUCACCCGCCUCAGACGAGAACGGCAUGGGUGGCCAUGCCUCCGCCAUCGAUGCCAUCACCCUGAAUGCUCUCGAUACGGAACUAGAAGCAUCACUCGAAUGGAUAAAUCACCCAGCUGUCUUUGGUCGGGAUUCAAGGAAAGCUGUCCUGCAGGCGAUUGGUGUCAUCGCUUCACAAAGGGGAUACACAUUCCGAACACCGUCUGAGAGCCUGUGGGCAGGACGGAUAGCCGGUGUAAAGAGGUUGACGAAGCAUUCGAGGGAGUGGAGAGAUGCGGGAGAUGAGGCGUUAAUGGAGGAGGCGUGA